UGUGUAAUUGUUGUUUCAAAGUUAAUUUUGCGUACGUUAAAAAUAUGAAAAGAGGACCAUAUAAACGAUUUUUGGAAGAUGAAAAUAUUUUAAUUCCAAGAACAACGCGACGUCCGCGUCGUUUAAAUGAGAAUAUAGACGAAAACGAAGAACAUCGUCAUGUUGAUGUAGGCAUUGGUGCAGGCGAUAAUGAACCAACAAACGACGAAAAUCAAAUCAUAAUUGGUCGAGGAAAAUAUAAAUUAUAUGUUGAGGACAGCAACAUUCCAGUUCCACAGAGAACGCAAUACAGAAGGAGUCAAAUUUAUCAAAAUAUAGAAGAAAACAUAGAGGAUCAUGAAAUUUGUAAUGCUAGAGUAGAUGAUGAGAAUGAUAAUGACAUUGUCGACAAUGUCAAUCAGGAUGAUCAAGUAGAUUACGUAAUCAUUCCACAGGAUGCUCAAGAAAAUACAAGUGAAAAUGAUGAAGAUGACAACAGCGAUUGGAGUAACAAUGAACAUAUUGAAAAUGAGAAUAGAAUAGUAGACAAUGAAGAUAAUGAAGAAAUUCUGAAUUCCCAUCCUGUUGGUCCACAGGAGAGAGUUCCUUUGUACAACGAUUGCAAUCUGACGCAAGAAGAAAGUGAACUACUUAUUAUGGGCUUCGCAGUUAGACAUGGACUAUCAGACUAUGCACUCGACGAUUUACUUAAACUUAUUAACUGUCAUUUACCACGUACGCAAUAUAUUUCAAAAUACUUGUUCUUAAAAAAAUUUUCACCUGCAGUGAAGACUAUAUUCCACUUUUACUGUCCUCAAUGUAAAAAUAGCUUACAAUUUGCUGAUGGAAGACUUAUCGAUCGAUGCGAAGAUUGCAAUAAUGAUUUUAAGAAAGAUGAUUUAAAAAAAGCAGGAAAUUUUUUUUUACAUAUCCCAUUAGCUGAUCAGUUAAGAGGAAUAAUGAAUAGUAAUCUUUAUUACAAACUUUCGAAAAAUAGAUUCAAUGAAAGCGACGUUGUUAAUGGACGAGUGUAUCGUAAAUUAGUUAAUAGAGAAGUAAUAGGUGAACACGAUAUAACGUUGCAGUUAAAUACUGACGGAGUAGCGUUUUUUAAUUCUUCAAAAAUGUCGAUGUGGCCUAUUCAGGUUGUAAUAAAUGAAUUGCCGUAUCGCCUCAGAAGACAAAAUGUAAUGUUGUGUGGUUUGUGGUACGGAACUGAUAAGCCAGUUAUAGACCUUUUUAUGAAACCUUUCGUAGACGAAUUAAUCAUUCUUCAUAAUGAGGGUAUGAAAUGCAUCACACCGGAACAUCCAGAAACAAUAAACAUAAAAGUACAUACCCUUAUUGCAUCCGUAGAUUCGGUAGCAAGACCACUAUUACAAAACUUGAAACAAUUUAAUGGAGAAAGUGGAUGCUCUUUUUGUUUAAAGAAAGGAGAUAGAAUACCAUUUGGAAGAAGGUACACUCGAGUCUACUGUGGUGACAUAGGUGUACCUCGUACUACGUUGCAGCAUGAAGCUGAUUGCGAAGAGGCAAUUGAAACGAAUGCAUGUGUACGCGGAGUGAAAGGACCCUCUAUAUUAAUGAAGCUACCGGUUUUUAAUAUUAUAAAUUCAUUUGUGCCUGAUUACAUGCAUACUGUGCUUUUAGGCGUAACGAAAACGUUUGUAUGCAAUAUUUGGUUCGAUCCGGCUAACAAAGACAAAGAAUGGUAUAUUGGAAAUAAAAUGAUAGAAUUCGAUAAAAAUCUAUGCAAUAUAAAACCACCUUGUGAAAUAACUAGAGUUCCACGAUCGAUAACUGAAAGACAAUUGUGGAAGGCUUCCGAAUGGAGAAACUUUCUUUUAUAUUAUUCAUCUGCGUGCUUGUUCAAUUUAAUGCAUCGUACAUACAUAAAACACUGGUCCCUGUUAGUUUUCAGCAUGCAUAUUUUCCUGAAGGACAAAAUUACGGAAAAUGAAUUCUAUGUAGGCGAAAGAUCGUUAAAGAAAUUUGUUUUCCAAACAGAAACUUUGUAUGGACAAGAGUUCAUGAAAUUUAAUGUCCAUUUGCUAUUGCAUAUUCCAAAGUCAGUAUCUGCUUUCGGUUCAUUGUGGGCUCAUUCAGCAUAUCCUUUUGAACAUUAUAAUGGAAGACUAAAAAAAUUAUAUCACAAUACUCAAGCUGUACCAAGGCAAAUAUGCAAAACAUAUUUUAGAUUAAAGACUGUAGAUAGAAUAAGCAAUAAGAUUUUUAAGGAUGAAAAUUGUACGGUUCGUGGGAAAUUGCUCUUUAAUAAAAUGUUUGGACCUCAUAAAAUAAAUUCUUGCGUUGAAUAUGGACCACAUUUACGAUUAUUACAACCAUCUUCCAAUAUAUCAUUAAAUAUUGUACAGCAGGCAUGUAUUAUACAAUUAUUGCAGGAAGAAUUAGUGUCCGCCGAUAAUAUUCAAUUGUAUAAGCGUUUUAUUUUUAAAAAUAUUUUAUAUCAUUCAGUUGACUACGAACGUUUUACGAAAAGAGAAAACAGUGUUAUUCAAUUGACAAAUGGAGCUUAUAUUAUGAUACAAAACAUUUGUAUGGUUCAAAAAAUUAAUUGUAACGAGGACAUUUAUGUAAUUUUUGGACUAAAAUUAUUACCAUUAAAUUUAGAACUGGCAAAAGAUUCACAAGUUAAUAAUACUUCUACAUUGUAUAGUAGUAUUGUACGAAAAAGCGAUGAAAUAAUUUGUAUUUUGCCUACAUCAAUUAAACGGAAAUGUAUUAAAAUGAAUUAUAAUAUGCGUGACGAUCAUUAUAUUGUAAUGCCGCUUGUCAACCUAAUGGAAAUUGACUGAAUUAUUUAUGUAGUAUUGUAUUAUUACACGGUAUUUUGUAAUUAUUAUUGUAUAGUACUUUUAAAAUUAAAAAUACUUUGUGCUAUUUAUAAUACAAAAAAUAUUCCAUUUUAUAAGUAUUUGACUAAUUCCUUUUGAAAUCAGAUAAGAAAAAAUCAAUCGUUUUUUAAAUUAAUUAAAAAUUUUAUUAAUUCGAAUAUAUGCAAAAAAGUGAGGACGUGUUUUUGUUUGUUCAAAAAAAUUUAUUUACCGAAAUACGAGUUAAUUUUAACGAAUAUUUGUAUUUAAUUACAAAAUACGAUAUGUCCGGUUCGACUUAUCGUAGUGAUGAAGAAAAUGUCAUUUUAAAGCUAAAAUUAUACACUUUAAUAAACAAUUUUUCUUAUGAAAAACAUCAAUUAUUAUUAAUAAAAAAUUAAACUGUUAAAUAUUUUUUUUAACAGAAAGCGACCUAUUUGAAAAAUUUGGAAAAUAUACAUUUAUAUACAAUUCUAGACAAAAUAAAAACGUUCAAUACGUUACAUUAUGUCCUAUUUUAUACUGAUUUAAAUUUGGACCGCAUUUUAAAUUUAAUUCAGUGCAAAAUAAAAAAAUGCUUUGAAAUCUUAAGUUUUAAAUAAUUGAUCAAUAACUGCAGUUUCCAAUAUUCAACAAUAGUAACUAUCAAUAUUUAUCUGCAGUAUUCAUCAAUACUUGUCUAUCUCUAAUAUUUAAGUAUUGAUCAAUACCAGUUUCUAAUAUUCAGUAUUCACCAAUAGCAACUAUCAAUACUCAGUAUUCAUUAAUACUUGUCUAUCUCUAAUAUUUAAGUAUUGAUCAAUACCGUUUCUAAUAUUCAGUAUUCACCAAUAGUAACUGUCAAUACUCAGUAUUCAUAAACACUUUGACUAUCUAAUACUUGAGUAUUGAUCAAUACCAGUUGCCAAUACUCAGUAUUCUCCAAUAGUAACUGUUAAUACUCAGUAUUCGUCACUACUUAACCUUUACCAAUACUCAAGUAUUCACCAAUACUGACAUGCAAUACUCAGUAUUACAACUUGAAUACUGAGUAUUGAAAUCUCAAUACUCAGUAUUGAGCCUCAAUACUUAUUUUCCGUGAGGGUUGGCUCGUCUGCGUAAUCGCAGAGCCGAAUCUAACCUGC